AAUAGGAAGAGGGUGAUGUGGAAAUGCAGUGAUAAGCUCACAGGACGGAAUUGAGCGGAUGACAAACUCAGAAUCAGCGGCUGAGACUGAAUGGCAGCUCCGCACAGCACGAGUCUGCGCCCAGAGCUCGAGGAGAACGGCCUGGGCUCAGAGCGCGCAGACAGCGCCGACGUGAAGGAGCGCAGCACUCAGACAGACAGCGGCAGAGUGCGGGGCCCUGGACCGAGACUGUCCAAAGUUAACCUCUUCACAUUGUUGAGUCUUUGGAUGGAACUUUUCCCCAAUAGGAAAUCUCAGAGACAGGAUAAUGGAUCUGCCCGAAACACUGGUCUGGUGGUGGUUCAUGAGCAGAGAGUGCUGGGCCUGCACUGCUCUGGACCUGACCUACAUGCAGGACAGGUAGCGGUCAUCAGACAUGGACCCAGGCUAAAAGGGUGUGACCUCUACUUCUCCAGAAAGCCGUGUUCAACCUGCCUCAAGAUGAUCAUCAAUGCUGGUGUAAAUAGAAUAUCGUAUUGGCCUGCUGAUGCUGAGAUAAGCCUGCUGUCUGAUGGAAGCAGUGUUGCACAGUCCCAUCUCGAGGAGGCCACAUUGGAUGCUCUAGCUGCUGAGAGAUUGAAGUCCAACAGUAGGCCUCACAUCUGUGUGCUCCUGCAGACUCUAGCCAGCUCCAUGCUUCAAUAUGUAGAGGAGAAGUCCCAGAACAGUGACUUCCUGGGUACAAUAGCAGUGGAUGACCCUUCUCUGGACAUCGGUGACCUCUUUAGGAAGGAACGCUGGAGGAACUGGGAUGACUUUUCUAGGACGUUCCUCAUAGAGGAUGAGGUUCAGCACAGGGAGCUGCUCAGUAAGAUGGGUCUGGAGAAUUUCUGCACUGAACCGCAUGUCAGUACACUGCGGCAACACAUGAAAGACUUGAUUAAAGUUCUGGCCUGUGUGGCUGCCAGUGUUCCAGUCCUAGAACAUGAAUAUGGGUUCUAUGAGACAGAACCCACAACUAAUAGUCAUAAGACAUUGCCUCAAGACGUUGUACGACACUGUAUCAUACAGGCCACAUUGCUGGCGUACAGAACAGAAGAUCCUAAAGUGGGCGUGGGCACAGUCAUUUGGGCUGAGGACAGAUGGCGGGCUGAGUGUGACGGUACAGGUGCCAUGUACCUGGUGGGCUGUGGUUAUAAUGCUUACCCUGCAGGCUCAGAGUACGCAGAGUUCCCGCAGAUGGACACCAGGCAGGAGGAGAGGCGCCAUCGCAAGUACCGGUACAUCAUCCAUGCUGAACAGAAUGCACUUACUUUCAGGAGUGCUGAGGUGAGGGGGCAGGAGAACACCAUGCUGUUUGUGACUAAGUGCCCAUGUGAUGAAUGUGUGCCUCUAAUCAAAGGCGCAGGCAUCAAGCAGGUUUACACCGCUGACCUGGACAGUGGGAAAGACAAGCAUGACAUCUCCUACAAGCGCUUCACUCAGCUCAGCCAAGUGCAGAAGUUCAUUUGGCAGAAGUCGUCUCUGGCUAGAAAUGUUUCUGAAGAAGCUGCUCCACCUUUACCAAAUGGCUGCUUGAAACACAGAAUGAGAGAGGAAUCUGACUGCCAGGGCAGUAAGAGACUGAGAACAUGAAGAAAAUUUCACAACUAUUCCCUCCGUCCAUUCCACUGGCAACAAGACUCCAGCUAUGUUAACCUGAAAACACUUCAAGAGGAAAGAGCUCUCAGAGGAAAUUACCUCAUUUAACCUUAAUGCUUAAACCGGCCGUUAAAUAUUAUGUUUUAGAUUUAAUGCAGAGUUUUCAUCGUUAUCCUUCCAGUAAGGGUGGGUGAUAUGACAUCAUUAUUGUACUAAUUAAGGUCACAGUUUGCUUUUCUGUAUUAUCACAGAGAUCUACACAACGUCCAGAACACUGAAUAAUGGCACGCGUCAUUAAACAGACAAGAUCCAGUCCGAUUACUGAUAGUAUUCUCAUGACGUCACAAUCGCGCCGACACCAUUUUAGUCGCAUCCUUUUUCAGCAGUGCUGUUGCUGUGUGUAAUGAGACAACAAAGCCACAACCGAUCCAGAAAAUGAAGGAAAGGGCAUUUUUAAACACUUUUCAUAAGUGUAAAGCACAUUAACCAGCGUAUCGGAGUGUACUGACUUCAUUUCCUUUGAUUUGUGGUUGUAGUGACGACUAAUGAAUGCCAUCUAAACGGCUGAGAUUCCCCGCUGUGUUAUUAUUUUCGAGUUCCAAUCCGCUAACACACUAAGUAAUGUGCACUCAUUAGUGAAGUUAAUGAAGCACAGAUGUGUGUGUCUGAUCAGCCAAUGAGACACGAUCAGCAGCUCCAAUGGCUCAUUGUAUAGCUUCGCUGUGCUGCUCAGUAAUAGUUAAAGCAAAAGUGUGAGGCGUUUGUUGAUUAAGGACUUAAAUUUGUGAAUUUGUCGGCUUCAUAUUAGCCAACUUUCAAAAUCCAUGCUAUGUUUAAGGCACCUCACUGUAACUGGACCACUACUUAAGCUGGAACGGAAAAUUCAAAAGCUAACUUGAGCUUGAUAUACACACACACUCUUCUUCUUCUUUCGGCUGCUCCCUUUAGGGGUCGCCACAGCGGAUCAUCUGCCUCCAUCUUGCCCUAUCCAC